UUGUCAACCAUUUCCUCCAUUGAGCCACUGCCAGCCAGGCGUCAGUGCGCACACAGCAACCCGGGACGCUCUGCCUCACUCCGGCCUUCGAGCAGCUACAGCGGCCCCUCAUCCCGGGGCUCACGGCAACAACACCGGCAGCAGCAUCAACCUCCGGCUGGAUGAGACACGGUCUCCGGGGUCGGUCGACACCCACCGGUACCAGUGACACUGCCGCCAACCAGCGAGCAUGGCUUUGAAGAUUGUCAAAGGGAGCAUCGAUCGGAUGUUCGAUAAAAACCUACAGGAUUUAGUACGUGGCAUCAGGAACCACAAGGAGGAUGAGGCCAAGUACAUCUCGACUUGCAUCGAUGAGAUCAAACAGGAGCUCAAGCAGGACAACAUUGCCGUCAAAGCAAAUGCCGUGUGCAAGCUCACCUACCUUCAAAUGCUGGGCUAUGACGUCAGCUGGGCCGCCUUCAAUAUCGUUGAAGUCAUGAGUUCUUCCAAGUUCACCUACAAGAGGAUCGGUUACUUGGCAGCCUCGCAGUGCUUUCACGAGAGCACCGAUGUCAUCAUGCUGACGACUAAUCAGAUCCGAAAGGAUCUUAGCAGUCCUAACCAGUACGACACAGGCGUCGCCCUCACAGGCCUUUCUUGCUUCGUCACCCCAGACCUGGCUCGGGACCUGGCAAAUGACAUUAUGACACUGAUGUCUCACACUAAACCCUACAUCAGGAAGAAAGCGGUGCUGAUCAUGUACAAGGUGUUUCUCAAGUACCCAGAAUCCCUCCGCCCUGCUUUCCCCAGGCUCAAGGAGAAACUUGAAGACCCAGAUCCGGGCGUGCAGUCAGCUGCAGUCAAUGUGAUUUGCGAGCUGGCCCGGAGGAAUCCUAAAAACUACCUGUCUCUGGCACCACUUUUCUUCAAACUUAUGACCUCUUCCACUAACAACUGGGUUCUCAUAAAGAUAAUUAAGUUGUUUGGUGCACUCACUCCUCUGGAGCCCCGCUUGGGAAAGAAGCUGAUUGAACCGCUUACAAAUCUCAUUCACAGUACAUCUGCUAUGUCUUUGCUGUACGAGUGUGUAAACACUGUUAUUGCAGUGUUGAUUUCCUUAUCGUCUGGGAUGCCCAACCACAGUGCUAGUAUCCAGCUCUGUGUCCAGAAACUGCGAAUCCUGAUUGAAGACUCUGACCAGAACUUGAAGUACCUGGGGCUUUUGGCCAUGUCCAAAAUCCUGAAGACCCACCCCAAGUCAGUCCAGAGCCACAAAGAUCUCAUUCUGCAGUGUCUGGAUGACAAGGACGAGUCCAUCCGUCUCAGAGCUUUGGACUUGCUCUACGGCAUGGUAUCCAAAAAGAACUUGAUGGAGAUUGUAAAGAAACUGAUGCUGCAUGUGGACAAAGCAGAGGGAACCACAUACAGAGAUGAAUUGCUCACCAAGAUCAUUGACAUCUGUAGCCAGAGCAACUACCAGUACAUCACUAACUUUGAAUGGUACAUCAGUAUCCUGGUGGAGUUGACCCGUUUAGAGGGCACGAGGCACGGUCAUCUAAUUGCCUCUCAGAUGCUGGAUGUCGCCAUCCGAGUCAAGGCCAUACGGGUAUUUGCCGUCGCCCAGAUGGCCACCUUGCUGGACAAUGCCCACCUGUUGACUGGCAACAUGCAGAGAAAUGGCAUUUGUGAAGUUCUGUAUGCUGCAGCCUGGAUAUGUGGCGAGUUCUCUGAACACCUGGAGAACCCGCUGCAGACACUAGAAGCCAUGUUACGACCAAAGGUGGCCACCUUGCCGGGACACAUCCAGGCCGUGUACGUGCAGAACGCUGCCAAGCUAUUCGCCACUGUGCUGCAGAGCCAAAAAGACAACACAGAUGGCACAACUGCGCAAGAAACCAGCCAGCUGAUGAUUGACCGCCUACCGCUUUUUGUACAGAGCGCCAACCUGGAGGUGCAAGAAAGGGCAUCUUGCAUCCUGCAGCUGGUAAAAUACAUCCAGAAACUACAGCAAAAGGAGGUAGAGGUAGCGGAGGAAGUGAUUGCACUCUUUGCUGGCGAACUCAACCCUGUUGCCCCCAAGGCACAGAAGAAAGUGCCUGUCCCUGAUGGUCUGGACCUGGAUGCCUGGAUCAAUGAGCCGCCAUCUGAAAGUGAGUCUGAGGACGAGCAGCCUAAGGCUAUUUUUACCAAGGAGGAGCCCAAACAUUCCCGACCAAGACACACAGAAGUGGACGAGAAGGAGCUGGCAAGGAGAAGAGAAGCCAGGAAACAAGAACAAGCCAACAAUCCUUUUUACAUCAAGGCCUCACCAUCCUCUCAGAAGGUGUAUCAGGACACUCCUGGUGUGGAGCACAUCCCUGUCGUUCAGAUUGAUUUGAGCGUGCCUCUUAAAGUGCCAGGCCUGCCUAUGUCAGACCAGUACCUAAAGCUGGAGGAGGAGCGGCGGCAGAAGGAGAGAGCUGACAAGAAAAAGAAGGAGAAGAAGAAAAAGAAAGAGAAACGUAGGGGAAAGAAACAUGACUCUGGUCCGGAGAGUGAGGAAGACAUCACGCCAGCACACAUGGUCGACAUAGUCACAGAGGAGAUGCCAGAGAAUGCCUUACCCAGUGAUGAGGAUGACAAAGAUCCGAAUGACCCUCACAAAGCCCUGGACAUCGACCUGGACAAUUUGGUGGAAAUGGCUGGGCGCAGGCCCCUUGCAGACAGCGAGAAACUUCCAGUCAGGUCUCACCGACCGACAGAAGGCCCGAAAAGCCCAGACGGAGAUGUCGAAAGCACCUCGCAGGAAGCCAGGAAGAGGAGUAGUAAAGACAAGAAGGAGAAGAAGAAAGAUAAAGACAGGGAUAGGAAGAAGAGUAAAGAAGAGAAGAAAAAGAAAAAACACAAGCAUGAAGAAAAGGGAGAUCUUCUUGGCAAUCAGUCAGAUGAGCCUGCCGUCCAAUCAGAAGCACCGAGUGAGGUGGUGGCUCCUCCCACUUCUACCGCUGCUGAGGUUUCGGAUCUGGAUUUCUGGCUCUCAAAUGCUCCAGUGCCCUCAAACGCCCAGGAAGCAGCAACAGUAGCAUCGGAAACGGCUUCAGCGCCUGAAGCUGCAUCUGGAACGGCGCCGAACUCCGAUCCCGACCAGCCCAAAGAAAUGGAGGAGUCUAAGUCAUCCAAACACAAGAAGAAGAAGCUGAAAAAAGAGAAAGAGGAGAAGGAGAAGAAAAAAAAGAAGCACCACCAUCACCAUCAUCACCACAGCGAUGGAGGGGGAGAGGGGUCUGUGCAGAAUGGCACAGUGGAGGAUGAAGAACCUCUACCGCCCAUGUCCAAUUACUGCCUUCUAGCAGAAAACUCAUACAUCAAGAUGAUGAUGGAAGAUGCUGAUCAGGUGUACGACAUCCAGGGGAACCUACAAGAUGGAAGCCAGGUAGUGGUGUCAAUCAUCUUUGAGAACAAGUGCGACAGCUUCCUGAAAUCCAUGGAGUUCAAUGUGCUGGACUCACUGAACUCCAAGCUGCAGAGGCCAGAAGGGGCGGGUGCGCACGAUGGUCUCACAGUCCCCUUUCAGCUACCCCCUGGGGUGUCCAAUGAAGCUCGCUUUGUGUUCACCGUGCAGAGCAUCGUGAUGCCACAGAAACUGAAGGGAACACUUACAUUCAUUGUCAAGAAUGAAGACUCCUCAACUCAUGAAAAACUGGACUUCAAACUGCACUUUACUUGCACCUCCUACCUAAUCACCACUCCAUGCUACAGCGAUGCAUUUGCAAAGUUGUUGGAAUCUGGGGACUUGAAGGGCAGCUCUAUUAAACUGGAAGGAGUCAACAUGCCCUUUCAUCACCUUCUGGCCAGGAUCUGCUUCCAUCACCACUUCUCUGUUGUGGAGCGGGUGGACUCCUGUGCCUCCAUGUACAGCAGAUCUAUCCAGGGUCACCAUGUUUGUCUGCUUGUCAAAACUUCCGACCAGACUGUGUCCAUCGACGCCAAAUGUGAUGAGCCUGCGCUCCUUGGAAAUGUGCUGGAUGAGAUCAAGCAGACCUUCUCUCAGUGCUGAUUGUGCCCAGGGUAGCCCAACUUCCUCGUUUCUCUGCCUCCUUCCUCACUAAAACACACGACCACAUUGAAAACAGUCUUGAGUGCACCCACUUGAUGUUUUACAGACUCAAUGUGUACUUGCUCCGUCUUCUCCUGCAGCGCACUUUUCAAUUUCCUCUCUACUGAGCUCUCGGAUGUCCCUCGUCCUCCUCCUCUCUCCUUCUCCAGCACUGUCAAUCUGUGACAUGGUGUAAUGUUGAGAACUGGACUUUUGCUGUUGAUGUUUGAACUGCAUUUUUACUGUUUUGGAAUUAUUUUGUCAUUUGUGUGUGCUGUUUUUUCUUUUUGAACACCUGUUUGCGCCUUCUACUUGUGUGUGUGUGUGUGCGUGUGUCUAAACAUCCGACUGCUGUCUUGGCCUUGGAAUCUAGUGUCUCUCCUAAAAUGAGAGAUACUCUCACUCCCCUGCCUCGUCCUCACUGACCGUUGAGCCUGCAGUAGAUCAGCUGAAGCGAUUUAAAACUACGCACAAAAAUUAGGGAUGUUGAAUUUUCUGAUUGUAUUUCAGAUUGAACUCAAAAUGCACUAUUACCUUUACUUAAAUGAACAUAAUUUGACUUCUAAAAGUUUUUGUGAGUAGUGUGCACGGCCCAUUCUCACACAAUCCCUCCUACCCUGUUUCAUUUCCCACAAUAUAAGAGCAACCUUGUUUAAAUAAAAUAAAGGACCAAAAUGGAGGGAAUAAACACAAGUUGGCACCAAUCACAAGUUUGUGUUAUAACAUUGUUACAUUGGUUUGUCUGUCAUACACAUAAAUGUUUUUUUCAUUGGGAAAAAAAUAAACGUCAGUAAUUGUUAAUUAUUUGACUUUAUAGACAUUCUUGUCAAAAGAUCAUUGAAGCCCAUUUUACUGCUUCCCCCCCCCCCCCC